CACACGCCCCGCCCCACACCCAGGCACACGCACAGCCAUGUUCAAGCGUGCUCUGAGCCACGUCUACAACCGGGCCCUCCACGGCGAGGAUGAGGACUUCAACAAUGACGCUGUUGAGGCCCACUCGGACGACUCGUCCGAGGAGUCGGACCUGAGUGUGUCGGACUCGGAGCUGGAUUCCGACACCGACGAGAUUGACCGGCUGCGCUUCAAGAUCCGCAAGCUGGAGGAUCGCAACGCCAAGGGCAGCGACGAUGACGACUCCACCGAGGACGAUGACAGCGCGGAGGAUGAUGACCAGCCCCGGCGCAAGAUUUUCGGCUGCCAGCUCUGCUCCAACAAGUUCUUCCAUUCCGAGGCUGAAGUGGAGGAGCACCUGAAGAGCAAGGGUCACCUGCGUCGUGUGCGCAGCACCACCCUGGCCAGCAUGACCUCCGAGGAGAUCGAGGCCCAGAAGCAAAAGCGCCGGAUGAAGGUGGCUCGCAAGAUUGCCCGCAACAUCCCGGAGGCUGCGGCUGCGCUGGAAGCCGGCGACCUGGAGAAGGUUUUCCAAAUCGCCUCCCAGCAGAAGAAGCGCCCGGGCCGGAAGCGCGCCCGGCCGGGGAAGCGCGCUCGCCAGGCGGCCGCUGCCGCUGGUGGUGAUGUCGCCACUGCCACGCCCGAGAAGAGCAAGAAGGACGCCGCGGCCACGCCCGAAAAGGCCAAGAAGGCCGCCGCGGCCACGCCCGAGAAGGCCAAGAAGGCCGCCGCGGCCACGCCCGAGAAGGCCAAGAAGGCCGCCGCGGCCACGCCCGAGAAGGCCAAGAAGGACGCCGCUGCCACGCCCGAGAAGGCCAAGAAGGACGCCGCUGCCACGCCCGAGAAGAGCAAGAAGGACACCGCGGCCACGCCCGAGAAGAGCAAGAAGGCCGCCGCUGCCGAUCUUACCCCGGCCGAGGCCACCCCGGCCAAGAAGGCCAGCACUCCGGAGAAGACCAAGACCCGCUCGUCCAAGAAGGCCGCCAAGUCCAAGUAG